UAUAUAUACCCCUUAACAACUGAACCAAACCCUCCACAACAAGGCAACACUCUCUCUCCACCGGCCACUUCUCUCCCCACCACCACCACAGCCAGAAAAAUAAAAAUGGCGGCAAAAUCAAAAACCUUCCCGCCGGUGGAGGACUGCCCAUCAAUCGGCAGGGAGAACGACACCGUAGUAGCCGACAUGGACGGAACCCUCCUCUGCGGCCGCAGCUCCUUCCCGUACUUCGCCCUCAUCGCCUUCGAGGUCGGCGGCGUCCUCCGCCUCCUCUUCCUCCUCCUCGCAUCCCCCUUCGCCGCCGCCCUCUACUACCUGAUCUCCGAGUCCGCCGGGAUCCAGGUGCUGAUCUUUGCGGCCUUUGCUGGGGCCCGCGUGGCGGACAUCGAGUCGGUGGCGCGGGCCGUGCUGCCGAAGUUCUACUCGGGGGACCUGCACCCGGACACGUGGCGGGUGUUCUCGUCGUGCGGGAGGAGGUGGGUGCUGACGGCGAACCCGAGGAUCAUGGUGGAGCCGUUCUUGAAGGAGUUUUUGGGGGCGGAUGUGGUGAUGGGGACGGAGGUUGGGGCGGUGAGAGGGCGGGCGACGGGGUUUGUGAAAGGGCCGGCGGGGGUUCUUGUUGGGAUGAAUAAGGCGGAUGCGUUGCUGGCGGCGGUUGGUGACGGCGGAGCGGUGCCGGAGAUUGGGCUCGGUGACCGGAAGACGGACCAUCCUUUCAUGCAGCUUUGCAAGGAAGGAUACAUAGUGCCACCGAAGUCAGAGGUCAAACCGGUCCCCGUUGACAAACUACCAAAGCCCAUCGUCUUCCACGACGGCCGGCUGGUCCAAAAGCCCACUCCUUUAACCGCGCUCUUCAUCAUCCUAUGGAUCCCCGUCGGCUUCCUCCUGGCCUGCGUCCGCAUCGCCGCCGGCUCGCUCCUCCCCAUGCCCCUCGUCUACCACGCCUUCUGGGCCCUCGGCGUCCGCGUCCACGUCAAGGGCAACCCGCCGCCGUCCGCCAAAUCCGGCGAACAGACGGGAGUCCUGUUUAUUUGCUCCCACCGCACUUUGCUCGACCCAAUCUUCCUCUCCACCGCCCUCCGCCGCCCCAUCCCCGCCGUCACCUACUCCCUGUCGCGCCUCUCCGAGCUGAUCUCUCCCAUCAAGACCGUCCGGCUGAGCCGGGACCGAGCCGCCGACGCCGGCAUGAUCAAGAAGCUUCUGGAAGACGGGGGCCUCGUCAUUUGCCCAGAGGGAACCACAUGCAGGGAGCCGUUCUUGCUGAGGUUCUCGGCGCUGUUCGCGGAGCUUACCGACGAGCUCGUUCCGGUGGCGAUGUCGAAUCGGAUGAGCAUGUUCCACGGCACCACGGCUCGAGGGUGGAAAGGGAUGGACCCCUUCUACUUCUUCAUGAACCCUAGCCCGGUGUACGACGUGCGGUUCCUGAAAAAGCUGCCCUACGACUUGACAUGCGGCGCCGGCGGGAAGUCGAGCCAUGACGUGGCGAAUUACAUCCAGAGAGCAAUCGCCGCAACGUUGUCGUACGAGUGCACCAGUUUCACCAGGAAGGAUAAGUACAGGGCGCUUGCUGGGAACGACGGGAUUGUGGGGGAUCAUAAGAAGGUGGCUAAUGGCAACAUGUCACCAUUUAAGGUCAUGGGGUGUUGAGUACUGUUGAGCAAUAUAUGUAUUUGUAUGCAUAUAAUGUUGUGAUGCUUGUUAUUUAGGAGGCGUUGGUGUUUAGCAGAGUCUCAUGAAUCCAAUGUCCAGGAAAGAAGGAUUUGGAGAUCGAAUAGAAAGAGUCAAGCGUAUACAAAUACUCCAAGGGUGCGUUUGGAUACAAUGAUUUGGAUUUGGUAUUUGUGAUUUGAAUUUUCAAAUACCAAAUCAUGUGUUUGGAUAUUAAUUACAUUUGGUAUUUGGAUUUGUGUCAAAUUCAUGGGGUGAUUUCCAAAUACAUGUCUAGUGUAUUUUUUGUCAACUUCAAAUACAUUUCAACAACUAGUGAUUU